UUUUCUUUAUAAAUUAGAAUUAGAUACCUCGCCUGAAUAUCAUUAGAGCAGAUUUCUCUGAAACUGGUUUCCAAUGGAUCUUUCAAUAAUUAUUACCUUGCUUAGUGCAUUAGGAGCAUAUAAAAUCUUCAAAAUCCUGUUUGGUGGUAGCAAGAAGAGUCUGCUGCCACCAGGUCCAAUGGCUUUGCCAUUAAUAGGGCAUCUACAUUUACUAGGAACUCAUCCCCAUCAAGCUCUGCAAAAACUAAGCGUAAAAUAUGGCCCUCUGAUGCAAAUACGUUUGGGAUCUGUACUUUCUGUUGUGGUCUCUUCUCCAGAUAUGGCAAAGGAGUUUCUGAAGACCCAUGAAAGUAAAUUUGCAUCAAGGCCCCAAUCUGCUGCCAUAAAAUACAUGGCCUACAACUGUGCAGAUUUCUCUUUUGCUCCCUAUGGCCCAUACUGGAAGUACAUGAGGAAGAUCUGCAUGAAUGAGCUUCUGAAUGGCAGGCAAUUAGACAAUUUCUGGCCUGUUAGAACCCAAGAAUUAGGGUUUUUCAUGGAGACAAUUUUGAAGAAUUCUGUUCAAGGGCAGGUUAUUGAUGUGGGUUCUGAGUUGAUUUCCAUGGCUAGUAAUGUUAUAUCCAGAAUGGCCAUGAGCACAAGGUGCUCUGGUACUGAUACAGAGGCUGUUGAAUGCAGGAAGCUCUUGAAGGAGGUUGCACUUUUGACUGGGAAGUUUAAUCUGGGUGACUUUAUAUAUGUGUGCAAGAAUCUUGAUUUGCAGGGUUAUGAGAAACAGAUGAAAGAUGUACACAAACGUUUUGAUUACUUCAUUGAGAAAAUCUUGAAGCAGCAUGAAGCAGAAGCAGAAGCAGGAGGAGGUGCUGAUAGUGAUGGGAGGCCCAAGGAUCUUAUUGACAUUCUCUUCUCCAUUUCCAAUAAUGAAGAAGCAGAGAUGAAGCUUACCAGGGAGAACAUCAAGGCAUUCAUCCUGGACAUAUUUGCUGCGGGUACUGAUACUUCAGCCAUUACAACAGAAUGGGCAUUCUCAGAACUUAUGAGAAAUCCUCGGAUUAUGAAAAAAGUUCCUGAAGAAGUAGAUUUUGUUGUGGGAAGUGAAAGACUUGUUGAAGAUUCGGAUAUUCCAAAAAUGAGUUAUCUUCAAGCAAUAGUGAAGGAGACCUUACGCUUGCAUUCUCCAGCACCCUUAGCAGUGAGGGAAUCCACAGAGGAUUGUAAUAUAGAAGGCUACUUUAUUCCUGCAAAGACCCGAGUUUUUGUUAACAUUUGGGCCAUAGGACAAGACCCAAAUUAUUGGGAGAAUCCUCUUGAAUUUCAACCAGAGAGGUUUCUUAGCAAUGAUGCAUGUACUAGUAUUGAUGUGAGGGGUCAACACUUUCAUCUUAUACCUUUUGGUAGUGGUAGAAGAGGAUGUCCUGGAACCUCACUUGCCUUGUAUUUCAUUCACGCAACCUUGGCUGCCAUGAUUCAGUGUUUUGAUUGGAAGGUAAAUGAUGGAGAAGAGAUUGACAUGGAGGAAGGUGUUGGCUUGACAAUUUCUAGGGCCAAUCCUUUGAAAUGCAAGGCCACCCCUAGGUUUUCCCAGCUUCCCACUUGGGAAUCUAGUUAG